CGCUGGUGGUCAGGGCUGGUGCAAAGAUGCAGACCGCAGCAGCUGUGCAGUGCAAGCCGGUGUGUCGGCCUAUGGCCGCCCGGCCCCAUGUGGCCAGGCGCCCAGCGCAGCUUGCGGCCUCCGCGGCGCCCAUUGCCCGCCCCACCUUCUCCAGCACCCUGAACCAGCGUACCCUGAAGGCUGGCCGCGUGGCGAGCCGUGUGGUGGUGGUGAAGGCUGAGGGUGGCGAUAAGAUCGUGGUCAUCGGCCUGGCCGCCGACUCUGGCUGCGGCAAGAGCACCUUCAUGCGCCGCGUGACGGGCAUCUUUGGCGGCGAGCCCAAGCCUCCCUCCGGCGGCAACCCCGACUCCAACACCCUCAUCUCCGACAUGACCACCGUCAUCUGCCUGGACGACUACCACUCGCUGGACCGCAACGGGCGCAAGGAGGCGGGGGUCACCGCGCUGGCGCCCGAGUCCCAGAACUUUGACCUCAUGUACGAGCAGGUCAAGGCCCUGAAGGAGGGCAAGGCUGUGGACAAGCCCAUCUACAACCACGUGACGGGCCUGCUGGACCCGCCCGAGCCCACCUCCUCCCCCAACAUCCUGGUCAUCGAGGGGCUGCACCCCUUUUACGACGAGCGCGUCAACGAGCUGGUCGACUUCCGCAUCUACCUCGACAUCUCCGACGAGAUCAAGUUUGCGUGGAAGAUCCAGCGCGACAUGGCGGAGCGCGGGCACAGCCUGGAGAGCAUCAAGGCUUCCAUCGAGGCGCGCAAGCCCGACUUUGACGCCUACAUCGACCCGCAGAAGAAGAAGGCCGACAUGAUCAUCCAGGUGCUGCCCACCCAGCUGGUGCCCGACGAGAAGGAGGGCAAGAUUCUGCGCGUGCGCCUGAUCAUGAAGGACGGCAAGAAGCUGUUUGACCCCGUCUACCUCUUCGACCAGGGCUCCACCGUGUCGUGGAUCCCCUGCGGCCGCAAGCUCACCUGCUCCUUCCCCGGCAUCAAGAUGUUCUACGGCCCCGACACCUACUACGGCGAGGAGGUGAGCGUGCUGGAGAUGGACGGCCAGUUUGACAAGCUGGAGGAGCUGAUCUACAUGGAGAGCCACCUGUCCAACACCAGCGCCAAGUUCUACGGCGAGAUCACGCAGCAGAUGCUCAAGAACUCCUCCUUCCCGGGCUCCAACAACGGCACGGGGCUGUUCCAGACCAUCGUGGGCCUCAAAUGCCGCGAGGUGUACGAGCGCAUCACGCAGAAG